AAGGGCAUCGGAGGAUUGGAGGGCGAUUGUCCCACUUCCCAUUAAAUAAAGGGGUCAGUGAAAUAGGGCAAUUGCGUAUCGAGCCGGGACUCGGUGGGAUUUCAGAGGCGGGAUGUACGGGUUGCCAUGGAUCCCUGGCUCCCCACCAUUUGAUGCCAUUAGCCAUCUCCCGGGGGCAAGGCCCCCCAUCACAACCGUUCUCUCUGAGCACAACCUCAGAUUGAUUCCAGUGGAGUGCAGUCCCAGGAACCCCCCCUCAGGAAUCGAGAUGGACGCGCCUCGAGGAGACGAUAUAGAUUUAGUAUCCCCCGUUCCCGAUGAAUAUUACGACAGAGUGAUUUAUCAUCUGAGGAACAAUUUUUUCGCUGACGAGCCCCUGAAUAAUUCCGUCGGCCUGUGCCAAAGGGGUGAAUCGAACGAAGAGCUGGAAAAGCUGAGCAUUUCAACCCUUAAGGACCGGCUUUCAGUCAUGGCCAUUAACAGCAACAACGAGGUGAUCGCUGUCGUUUUAAACGGGGUCCUCACGGAAAAGGACCUUGACGAGUCGCUAAUCAAAUUAGAAAACAACUCAGACGAAAAAUGCAAAACGAUAUUCAGAGUGCUUUACAGGCUCAAUCAUUCGUUACAGCUAUUCAAGAAAUACAAAGUCGAUAAAAUGUUCGAAUGCAGGAUUCUAUCCGUCGAUGCCAAGUAUCGCGGUUUGGGCUUGGCCAACAAACUUAUCAUCAGAAGCGAAGAGCUUGCGAAGGACUUCGGCUUCAAGGUGUUCAAAACAGAUUCGACAGGGCUUUUUUCUCAAAGGACUUUAAUGAAAUUAGGCCACGAGGCUGUAUUUGAGGUGAAUUACGAGGACAUAAAGGAUGAAAACGGGGAGCAAAUAUUCAAGACCAAACCUCCUCACACUUGUUUGAAAAUCAUGACCAAAAUUCUCGAUUAAAUUUAAAAAUAAAUAAAACAAAGAGCACGCUGUUCACAAAAACACUGCAAUUAGUCAUUUUAAAUUUAACGUUAAAUGACCGAAUGGUCGUAAAUUUGGCAGAAAAAAAGGCAAUCGGUGCAAUUUUGAUCUUUUGAUCUAAAUAAGUUAAAAUAUCCAACAAUUUGAGAACGAUGAGCGUUCUGUAUCGACCAAUGAACAAGUUACAACGAAAUUCAAUGUUCAACAUUGUUUUUAAAGACAAUAUUUCAUAUUAAAAUUUAAAAAAAAAACGCUUAAAAAAUUAAAGUCUAUUGAAUGUUAAGUUUUUAUAAAUGUUGAAAAUUUAUUGACGUUUAAUUAUUCGUUAAAGUUGAAUAUACGUUGAAACAAAAUUUUAUACUCUCUGUUACAAAACUGGAAGAAUCUCUGUUAUUGGUGUUAUUAGAUUUAAACAAUAAAAUAAACGUAGAAUGUACCCAUAAUUAAAUGUAAUCAUCACUGUAUUCGACGUAUUGAUUUGGAAAAACAACACUGUUUUCAUAGUCGUUAAUUGAUUUUUAAUGUUAAGAACUCACAGGGAACAUUAGGCAAUGUUUAGUUAAUAGGAUUUUUCACGGUCACAUUUUUAUGCGACUGGACAUCAAGACGGACAAACGGAAAGAAUUCAAUACAAAACUAAACAUAAUAAGGGAACAAUGUUUUUAAAUCAAUUGUACUUAUUGUUUAAAACAAGGUAAAUAAUA